AUGGUGACAAGAGAGCACCUCCUUUGUCUUCUGUUACUGUUCGGGUGUUCACCCGGGAAUUUCGCCGAAGAGGAUGAUGACACUGUCUCUAUUGAAGCUGCAGAGCUUCCAUUACAAGAGCGCACAUUAUCAGCUCGUAACAUAGAUUGGAUGCAGAAAACCUCACCCGGGGGGGUGUGUCUGACGUCAAAAGGUGAAGUUGGUCAGUGCACAACGUUCAGGGAUUGUUAUCCCUACUUCAAAAUCCCGAAUCUGGGAUCACUGGAUGGAUGGGUACUGGGGGUCUACGAUACAUGUAGUUACACGCGUGAGGAUGGACGCAUGGGCUUUGGUGUUUGCUGUUCGGGGGUUCCCCUGACCUCGCCGAAGCCUGCUGGACAGGAUGGACCAAUUGUGGAAGAUCCACAGGAUGUUGAAGACAGUAACAACAAAAAAGACUCUCCAAUAACUUGGCCACCAGCCCUUCCAACCCAUCCCCCGCAUCACACAAUUCCCCCUCUCCCCACCCACCCGCCAUUCGCAAGCCCAGGAGGAGUCACAUCGCGUCCGCCAAUCGUGACGACCACCAGGAGACCAACGGCCACGACCUGGCCGACGAAAAAACCCGCCUGGUGGCCGGGGGCAGCGACCCCGAAGCCCCUCGUCACCACAACUUCUAUGAGCCUCAGUUCAUCCGAAUGUGGAGCGAAAAAUGGAAAGCAGGAUCAGGAUAGAAUUGUCGGUGGACAAAAUGCCGACCCCGGCGAGUGGCCUUGGAUAGCUGCUCUGUUCAAUGCUGGAAGACAGGUCUGCGGAGGAUCUCUGAUUGAUGAUAAGCAUAUUCUAACGGCCGCUCAUUGUGUUGCUCAUAUGAAUUCCUGGGACGUUGCGCGACUCACCGUUCGUCUCGGUGACUACAACAUUAAGACUAAUUCGGAAAUUGAACACAUUGAGAGACGAGUGAAGAGAGUCGUUAGGCACAAAGGGUUUGACCCUAGAACUCUUUACAAUGACGUGGCGAUACUGACGCUCAAUGAACCCAUUGAGUUCUCAGAGAUGAUUCGACCUAUUUGCCUUCCUGGUGGCUCUCAACUUUAUGUAGGCAAGACUGCAACGGUCAUUGGAUGGGGGUCACUCAGAGAAAGUGGCCCUCAGCCAGCUGUUCUGCAGGAAGUCGCCAUUCCAGUCUGGCCUAAUAGUGAAUGCAAACAGAAGUAUGGAGCUGCUGCUCCUGGGGGUAUCGUUGACAGCUUCCUUUGCGCUGGGAGGGCAGCUAAGGAUUCUUGUUCUGGAGAUUCGGGAGGCCCAUUAAUGGUCAAUGAUGGCAGAUGGACACAAGUAGGAAUCGUCAGUUGGGGAAUUGGAUGUGGUAAAGGACAGUACCCAGGUGUCUACACGAGAGUCACACACUUCCUCCCCUGGAUUUACAAAAACCUCAAAUAA